UAUUGCACCCCACUCACGUGAUUUUCUCUUAUAAAUGGAACUUCUUAGUCGAAAGCUGACCAAAGUUGUUCUAUAGAAAGAAUCAGCAAAGGGUGAUUGAAAAGAGAAGCAGCAGAGAAGGGAAGUUGAAAAUUGUAGAGAAGAGAUUAAGAUGGAAUGGAAGAAAUACUAUUUGGAUGUGGCGUUGGUACCAUUGGGUUUUCUUAUAACCAUUGGUUAUCAUGUUUGGUUAUGGAAUAAGGUUCGUACGCAGCCUUCUUCCACCAUAAUCGGAAUCAAUACUCAUGGAAGACGCUCCUGGGUCCCUGCCAUGUUGAAGGAUAUUGAAAAGAAGAACAUUUUAGCAGUUCAAACACUUCGUAAUAUGAUAAUGGGAUCGACUCUUAUGGCGACAACAUCGAUUCUUCUCUCAGCCGGUUUGGCAGCUGUGAUAAGCAGCACAUACAGUGUGAAGAAGCCUCUGAAUGACGCUGUGUAUGGAGCCCACAGUGAGUUUAUGGUGGCACUGAAGUACGUGACACUGCUAACCAUAUUCUUAUUCUCAUUUUUCUGUCACACCCUGUCGAUUAGGUUUUUCAAUCAAUUGAGCAUCCUCAUUUGCACACCACAAGAUGUCAUGUCCAUGGUCACACCUCAAUAUUUGACUGAGCUUUUGGAGAAGGGAACUAUUUUGAGCACUGUUGGCAACAGGCUCUUCUACUCGGCUCUUCCUUUUCUUCUUUGGAUCUUUGGACCUGUCCUCGUUUUCUUGUCUUCUGUAGCAAUGAUACCUGUGCUUUACAACCUAGACAUUCUUUGUGGAACUGUCAAGACCAACAAUGACAAAGGGGACGACUAUGUUUGAAACUAAAUACAUAUGUUUAUAACUAGGUUGCAUCAUUUACAACUUUAACGUUGUAAAGGUGUUGUGUUUUACUCGCACAGCCACAUGCUGAAGCGUUUUUCUCUCAAUAAUUCUACUACUUUUUCCGAUGUAUCUUUCAUUGUGAUUAUCAUUGUUAGCCCUUUAGCUGUUUUCUCAUGGAAGCUCUUUUAUCCUAAACCACUCAACAAAAAGACUU